AAAAAAAAAAAAAAAACCGAAUUUGUAUCAACCAGGCACCACAAGGCGGACGCCAAACUACCCUUUCCCCAACAUAGAGACAGCAUGGCUAGGUUAGGUCAAGCUGUUGCAGUUUCUUUCUGUGUCGUAUCUUAUAGAUGUGGACGAUAUCCCACCUACCUACUUCGUCCCUGCCAAGAACUCCAUGCAUCACGCAAAAAUCACGAACAAGCAUACAAUCGCUUUUAAGAUACCCAUGGGAGCAGUGCAGAUCCGGACCGCCUAUCUCGACCCAACAAAAGCCCUCGCCGAGAUGCACGGACAGAGCAGUUCUUCCUCCAGCAACACCACCUGCCUUGCCGGGAAAUCGGGGCGUGCCAUCACCGCCCUAUCACACCCGCUAUGCUGAUGAUGCUAUUUGGCACAAUGGACUAUAUAUCCGGAUCGGUUGGGACUUACCGCUGCUGAUUUGCAAUUGUUGAGAGACGAGAGGGGAAUAUAUAUAACCAAGCUUUGAUCAUGAAUUGUUUGUGAAUGAGUUGAGCUUCCCAUCAGACUGCGUACACAUUGCACGUCACACACAAACAUAGCGUGUAGUAGUAGUCAAUCGCUAAGCACCUCACCAUGCGGUUCCCAACGGCAACACUCCUCGUCCUCGCAACCCAAUCUAUGGUAGCAAGCGCGAAAGACCCCGUCGUCGGCCCAGUCAAUGGAUCCCUCGUGGUAGUUGGAGGUGGUUCGCUUUCCGACUCGAUCUACCAAGAGGUCAUCAACCGCGCAAAAGGCGGCCCGAUCAUCGUGAUCCCUACCGCAGACGAACAGCCCACGUACGACCAGAACGCCGCUGGCGCCGCGACAUUCCGCCGUCUAGGCGCAUCGAGCGUGACCGUUCUGCACACAUAUGACCCGAAAGUCGCCGACACAGACGCCUUCGUCGCGCCCCUGCGCAACGCAUCGGCCGUCUGGUUCGGCGGAGGCAGACAGUGGCGCCUGGUAGACGCCUACGCAGGCACCAAGGCCGAAGCCGCCUUUCAAGCCGUGCUCGACCGCGGCGGCGUCAUCGGCGGCAGCUCGGCGGGCGCGAGCAUCCAGGGCAGCUUCCUGGCGCGCGGCGACACCAAGACGAACCAGAUCCUCGUGGGCGACCACACCGUCGGCUUCGGGUAUCUGCGGAACGUCGCCAUCGACCAACACGUGCUGGUGCGGGGCCGCAUCUUCGACAUGUUCGAGAUCCUGAAGGUGCGGCCCGAGCUGCUCGGCUUCGGAUGCGACGAGAACACGGCGCUCGUGGUCGACGGGGACGACGCGCACGUCAUCGGGGCGACGUACUGCGCGAUCUACGACGGCGGCUUCUGGGCGCGCGAGGGCAGCGCCGAGAAGAAUCUGCCGCCGAGCGAUCAGCUCUUCUACUUCUUGAGGGCUGGGGAUAAAUAUAAUCUCGCUCAGCGCAAGGUCGUUCAAUAGAGUUUUGAUGGCGAGGAAAAGCCAUGAGACUGGGUGGAAUUGAGUGGAUUGUGUACGGUAUGAAGUUUUGUCACUGCUUCUACUUGAAUAGCACCAAUUUACUUGAUACAGAACAAAUGCUUGACAGCCGUGUCUGAUGUGCAUAUGAUCUUAACACUGCCCGGUCUUGCUUCUGAGUCUGCGUUGCAUUCAUUGUCCCAUAUCAGCAUCAAUAUUGCUUUGAAAGAGGUGGUGCAUUCGGUUGUGCCGGCGCCCUAAUUUUUCCAGCUCAAAAUACUCAGGUACUUAUAGGUUGUAUAUCUUGUUAUUACCUAGGUACGGUUGUAUAUAGAAAUCAGAACAACUGCGGUUCAAGAUGAUCAAAUGCAUACAUACAAUUGCUCAUGACGAGUCUAUACUCAUGAAGGUGCUACUAUUGGUUGAUACUUCGCACGACAAAAA